AUGGCCAAGCCACCGCGUUUUCAGGCCUCUCAAGCCGGCUUCCCCAUCUACGAGGACUUCAACUUCGACCAGACAGCUCCCAUCAUCAGCAACGCGCCCAUGCCUCCAGCACCGAAGCCGGCCCGACAGCCUCUCCAGAGCGCCGAUGCCAAUGUCGUACUGAACCCGCCCACAUCUAGCUUUGUCAAGCAAUCACCACUGAAGCCAAGUGCUCCGCCAUCCAAUAUGCCGCUCACCCCGAUGAAGUCGUCUCGAAGCAGCAAGCUCAGCAUGGUUCAGAUGAUGCCGCCAAGCAACUUUCAGCAGCAAGGGACCGACUCGCCCGAGAAGAGACAACCUGUAAUGUCGAGGUUCAAGACGGUCGCCCAAAAACCUCAGCAGUCCGACUUCAACAUUCAGCAGUUCAUGGGCAAGGAAAACUCACAUCCCAUGAUUUUCCCCGCGCCACCCCAGCCACAACAGUUCAACCUACCUCUGGAGCAUUAUUACCAAAAACCGUCAGGAAAGCGAUUGUUGGAGGCUGCACCGAUCAAGGAACUGAGGCCCGCCAAGAAGCAAAGGGUGGACGACGCGCUGCCACCGCACGACUCAUUCCCGCAGAUUAUCGACGAUGGAUCAAAGCCAGGACACAGCUAUGCGACUUUGAUUGGGAUGGCCAUUCUCCGCUCACCACAGCGACGAUUGACACUGGCUCAGAUCUACAAGUGGAUUUCUGACACAUAUUCCUUCUACAAUGCCAACGAUGCGGGGUGGCAGAACAGCAUCCGUCAUAACCUGUCUCUCAACAAGCACUUCAUCAAGCAGGAACGACCCAAGGAUGAUCCGGGCAAGGGCAACUAUUGGGCAAUUGAACCGGGCGCAGAACACUUGUUCAUGAAGGAAAAGCCCUCGAGGAAAGCGGCCGCCCCAUCAGCUGAGAAUAUGCCGGUCAUGUCGACGCGUCUCGAGCCCUCUCAACCACAAAUGCCUCAAUUUCACGAACCGAUUUUGCCGCCUCAGCUUCCCAUCGCACCCAACUCUCUGCCGCAAUUACCGCCAAUGCCAUCAUCGCAACAGCUAGCUCCUGCAAGCCACUUGCCGGAACUCUCAUCCGACGCCACCAUUCCAGCUUCCGAUCUGGUCACCGUCGAUGACGGGCAUGACAGGCUUGGGGAGAAUGACCUUCACGACAACAACCUGUACUCUCCUCUGCCUGCGGCCAUGCACUCCUCGCCUCCCGUUCCCAAACGUGUGGAAUCGAGACACAGUGACACCCCCCCACCUCAGAGGCGGGGACAUGGUUCGUCGGUCAGCAAGUCGCGUACUCGGCGUUCGUUCAUGGAUGAUAGCGGGUACAUUUCCUCCCUCGAGUCGUCAGCAAUGCGUCCUGGCCGGGACCACUCCAAGCUACUCACCUCUGAGGCUGAUCGUCCGCGUCUUCGUAGAGGCCUGGCCGAGGAAGAGAUUGUCCGUCUCCGCGCCUCAUCUUACGACAGCCCCUCAAAGGGCCGCUCUCAGGGCUACGUUCCGCCUUCCUCGUCACCUCUGCGGCAGCCAGUUCAUAGCAACGCUGGGCAGAUGCUUCCGCCGUUGACCCCUGCCAUGAAGCUCAAGGCGCCCCCCAAGCCACCAGCGUCAGUCUCGCCUAGCACCAACUUGCGCCUUCACCGAGAAAGCAUCCAGUCCAUGGUGGACGGGGACUCGCCCUACAAGCGCGUCGCGGCUAUGUGUCCCGAAGUGCAGCUCACCCCCGGCUAUCUCAUGGAUGAUUUGUUCGCCAACUUCGAGCAUACCAAGGACGACGAAUUUCCAGAGUUCGACAUCUUCAACGAGACGUACACUUCGCUCUAUGCUCUGUCUCCUGCCGGAAUCGCGCCCACCGGCUCGCCUGUGAAGCGCUCUGUGAGGAAGCAGAGACUGGAACGCUCGCAUUCCACGGGCGCGUUGAGCGACCUGGCCGCUCCCUUGUCCAACAAUUCUGCGAGCUCGGCGUCUUUCCUCAAGGUUCCUGCUCAGCCGAACAAUCUGAUGCUGGAGACACCGAGCAAGGUCUUUGAUGGCCUUCUUUCAUCGCCAAGCAAGCUUUUCCACGACCUGCAAUCGCCAUCCAAAAUGCCAGCGGCGCUCAACGGUGAGAAUCUGGCCCCCUGGCUCUCCAUGGAUGACCUCUACGCGCCUGAUGUCCUCGGAGAGGAGAGUAACGAUUUCCAACCGAUUGACAUGCUCGCUGGGUUCGAGAAGAUUGGCUCAAGCAGCUCGCAAGCAUCGCGCAACAACAACAACAACAACAACAACAAUAACAAUAAUCGGCCCUCUCAAAAAUCGAGCCUCACCCGCUCGUACACUACCAAGUUUUGA